UGAUUCUAACAGCAGCAAGCAAAGAUUGCAUAGAACAACAAAAAUUAUUCUUGUCACCAUUUUCAUGCGAGUUCUGUCCUUUCAAAUGAACUCCUCACUUUUUCAACAUGUAUUUAUGCAAUAGCUUUAAAAAUGCCUGUAUCAUCGGUGAGACAAGUUGAUAGAAAUAAUUAUUGCAAAAAUAUUGUUCCAUGCCGCCGGAUGGAGACACGCUCGACUACUCUUUUACAAUUAUUCCAAUUACUGAUCAUAUUGCCGUGACCGUUGUUAUAAGUAAGUCCUUUGUGUGAGAAAAUCACUGGAUUGUUAAAAAGAAAAAGAAACAGAAAGAGGAAAAAGAUCUGAUCAUGGGGAAAGUGAAAGCUUCGAAGGUAUGUUCGAGCGAUCAAUUCUCUAGCAAUUGUUCACCGAAGAAGAUAUAAUGUACAUCAAGUGCUUUUUUCUUCUAAAACUUUUUUCACUCGCGAUUACGUUGCCAAUAUAUGACGAUAAUACAAAUGGAAAAAUCACACCGAUACAUACAAGUAAUAUUUCGACAAUUUAUUCCGAUACGAUGUUGAAAAGGAUAUCAGACCAAUCACCAGAUGGAAGUCGAAUAGAUUUUCAAAUAAGGAAUCAUCGAGGACCAGGAACAUACGUAUUCGGUUUUGAUACUGGACAUGGAAUAGACGGAAGCGUCAAAGGUCGAUAUGGUUUUUACGAUGCAAAAGGAAACCUCAGAAUUGUGAACUAUAUAGCGGGCCCCGCUGGUGGUUACCAAGAACGCCAUCAUGAAACCAUCACUUACAAAUCUGAAACUUAACGCACGUAUCUCAAAUACUUUUCAAAUAAAACUAAUUCAUGUAUACCUAUAUCAGACAUUUUACAUUCAAUAGAAAAUAAUUACUGCUGAAAUAGAUUGUAAGUUAUACAAGUUAUAUAGUAUUUAACAAAUCGGUAUAGAAUUGGCUCAUCGUUGUCACAUCUUUGUAAAGUUUUUUUUUACGGUGAUUAUACUGACAAGAGGUGACCAGAGGUACACUAGAUGA